AUGGCCAAAGUAUUACUGGUCGUUCGGCUUCUUGCCUUGAUUGCGACUGCUCUACCGCAUACUGUCGAAUCAGCCCGAGGGACCCCGACUGCAGCCGUUCAGAAUGGGACUCUCACGGGAUUGCAUCUCCCGCAGCUCAAUCAGGACUUGUUUCUCGGCGUGCCCUUUGCUCGGCCUCCAGUUGGAGACCUGCGGCUACGGCACCCGCAACCGUUGAAUCACUCUUGGGAGGGAGAUCGGGAUGCCACCAGGCGGGGCAACAGCUGUGUCGGCUACGCAGGAUUUGCCAAGGGCCUGAACAUGAGCGAAGACUGCCUGACUUUGGACAUUGCACGACCUGCCCAGGCCGGACCAGGCGAUGACCUCCCUGUGCUGGUCUGGAUCUACGGGGGAGGAUUUACAGCCGGUGGCAGCGCUGACUCUCGCUACAAUACGUCGUAUCUAGUCAAUUCCUCCGUCGCUAUGAAGAAGCCCAUUCUCACAGUCUCAAUUAAUUAUCGCGUUGGCGGAUGGGGCUUCUUGGCUUCGCAGGAAAUGCAUGAGGAUGGGGCUUCCAACAUUGGCCUGUUCGACCAGCGACUCGCCCUGCGAUGGAUCAAAGAAAACAUCAAGGCCUUCGGUGGUGAUCCAAACAAAGUCACAAUCGCCGGUGAAUCAGCUGGUGCAUUCAGUGUUGGUUACCACCUCGUCGCAUUUGAUGGCAACCACGAGAAUCUGUUCAGGGCUGCCAUCUUGCAGAGCGGCACUGCCCUUGGUCCAAGUGUCAAUUCGGUUGAGCAACUCCCGACAAGCUUCCAGCCCAUCUACGAUAAUGUGACAGAGACAGUGGGCUGUUCUACAGCCGCCGACACUCUGGCAUGUCUUCGACAGGUGCCCUUCGAGGCUCUUAAUGUCGCCUUUGCACCCUUUGUUCUCACUCCUAUCUUGGAUGGCAAGUUCCUCUCUCGACUUCCCUCUAUAUCAUUCGCCCAAGGUCUCGUGGCCGACGUAGCUGUCCUGGCUGGUUCCACCACUGAUGAAGGCACGGCCACCUUCUUCGGCCCACGAGAUACGCUGCGCAAUGAUUCAGACACAAGGGCGUUCAUCGAGUCAAUGGGUAAUGGACUCGAUCGUGGGACAGUCGACAAGCUUUUGGAACUCUAUCCAGAUGAUCCUAGCCAAGGCUGUCCGUUUGGCACGGGAGAGAUGCGCUUCGAGCAGCACGGCCUUCAAUAUAAGCGUGGUGCCGCCAUCGUGGGAGAUAGUGUCAUUCAUGCCGGUCGUCGGGCUACGACAGAGUACUUCGCAUCGCGCCCAGAUCACCGGAGAAAGCCGGUCUUCUCAUAUCGGUUCGAUGAACGGCCAUGGAACGGUGUCUUGGAGCUCAUCGCGACUGAGACGCCCGUCUUCUCAACCCAUUACGCAGAUGUCUGCUUCUUCUUCAACAUUGACCCUGCUGUCGGCCAGAAUGACACCAACUGGAUCGGACCGUAUCCAGACUAUCACGAGCUCGCCGGCCUGAUGUCGGGAUCCUGGAUCUCUUUUGUGUACGGGUUGAAUCCAAAUCACGAGCCGGCGAUCAGCGACAUGCGGAUCCCAUUGUGGCCGGACUACUCCCUCGGGGGACAUAAUUUUGUAUUCAGAGCGAGAGGAAGCUAUGUUGAAAGAGAUGACUGGCGGGUGAGUCAAUUGAGCUUUUGGGGUACUAUCUGGGAAGCCUUGAAAACAUAG